GAUAGUGAUCCCUCAGAUGGGAAGAGAGAUGCCAUCGUGCAGCUAACUGACGACUUCACCACUACGGGAGUCAACGGAGACCAUGUGUGUAUGGUCAUGGAGGUGUUGGGCCAACAGCUGUUGAGGUGGAUCAUCAAGUCCAAUUACAGAGGCCUUCCCCUGCCAUGUGUACGGACCAUCAUCAGACAGGUGUUACAGGGCCUGGACUACCUCCAUACUAAGUGUGCCAUCAUCCACACGGACAUCAAGCCAGAGAACGUGCUGCUGCUUGCAGAAGACUCAGACCUCCAGCAGAUGGCAGCAGACGCAGCGCUCUUGGAGAAGACACACCCACCUCAGGCCAAUAACCAAUCAGAGCACAGGAGCCCUCCACAAGGCACCGUCUCCACAGGUGCCUUUGAGAGGAAACAGAAACAGGCUAUGACGCAAUUGUUUUCCGGAGUGCUUCGUUCCAAAAUCUCUGGUGUGUUCCGCUCUCUGGGAGUUUUGACGGAGCGUGUCUCCCAGCCCCUGAGGAAGAGGAGAAGCGGCCGCUGCAAUACCAGCCAGCUGCCUGCAGAGGGAACCAGCGCACUGCAGAACUCACACACACUCUCACACACACUACAGGAGGAGAACGAGGAGCCAGACCAGGACACACACACACGAGAUGGUCCCGUGGAUGCCUCCCUUGCAUUGCCCCACACCCCAAGCCCCACCCGCCAAUCACCUGAGACCAGCCAACCAGCUAAGCCCACCCAGGAAGAGUCCCGCCCACCAGUCUCCAAUGCGUACGCGGCUAUGCUAGCGUCGCUAAGAAGUGCCGCCGUGGAAAACACUCCUCCCACGCCGGACGAUGACGCACACGAACCGUCUGACAACACAAACACACACACACCGUCUGACGACAACAACACACAGGCACUGUCUGACGAAAACACACAGGCAACCUCGGAAGACACCACACACACACCUCCCAAUGACUCAACAGACACACCCUCUGAUGGACCAACACACACACAGCCCAGUGAACAGACACUCACACCUGACGGAGCCACACACACACCAUCGGAUGAGCAGAUACACACACCCUCUGACGAGCAGACACACACACCCUCCAAGACGGAAGCUGAUCAUCAGGACACACGGGCCCCAACAAACAAGGGUCCAGUGAACCCGAUGAAUCCAGAUGACGCCCACAGAGUUCGGAUCAAGAUCGCAGACCUGGGCAACUCCUGCUGGGUGCAUAAGCAUUUCUCUGAUGAUAUCCAGACGUGUCAGUAUCGCUCCAUCGAGGUUCUGAUUGGAGCCGACUACAGCACCGCCGCCGACAUAUGGAGCACAGCCUGCCUGGCGUUUGAGUUGGCAACUGGAGACUUCUUGUUUGAGCCUGAAGCUGGAGAGUCCUACAGUCGUGAAGAGGACCAUGUUGCCCACAUCAUGGAGUUACUGGGUCCUCUCCCCGUCAACUUCGCCAUGUCUGGACGCCGCUCACGCCAACUCUUCAACAAGAAGGGUCAGCUGAAGCGCAUCUCUCGUCUGCGUUCGUGGUCGCUGUGUGACGUCCUGCAGCAGAAGUACGGCUGGAGCCAGAGGGACGCCCAGGGCUUCACACACUUCCUCUUACCCAUGCUGACCCUCAUGCCCCAACACAGGGCCACCGCCGCACAGUGCCUCGCACACCCCUGGAUAAACGCAUAGCGCACACACACACACACACACACACACACACACACACACACACACACACACACACACACACACACACACAUACACACACACACACACACAGACACACACACACACACACACACACACACACACACACACACACACACACACACACACACACACACACACACACACACACACACACACACACGCACACACACACAUACGCACACACACACGCUCCAGCCAAAACGCAGUGUC